UUUGGAAACUGGAAACAAAAGAAAGACAUGCUGAAGGGUAAAAUUGAAAAUACAGACAAAAGCAGAGGAGGUCGAAGCAUUCGAUGAGUUGAACCUUUGUUCCCCGAAGUUUCUCUUCGUUCCGUUUGUCAAUUAUUUUCAAUUGAUCUUCUCUCAGCUUCCGGCUUCGGUACGUGCAUUAGAGAGGAUCGCUCUUUUUCUUCUGUUUUCCCUCGCUAGGAACAGACAAGUCGGUGUUUCGGACUGAAAUCGGUGAUCUGAGGGGUAUAGCUGUUCAUAGUUUGAAGCUUAUUAUCUACUGCGGAAGGCCUGCUGCUUUGUUAAUUUUUCUCUUUGGGGCGUAUUCCCGUGCUCGAAUACGCUAGGAGAUGGAUUUGGUAUCUAGUUACAAGGGAGUUGUUGGUCUUGUCUUUGGAAAUGACAAUUCUGCUUCUAGUGAGGAUAGCUAUGUGGAACGCUUGCUCGACCGUAUAAGCAAUGGUGUCUUAGCAGACGAUAGGCGUAUAGCCAUAACUGAACUUCAGUCUGUUGUCGCAGAGAGUGGUGCUGCACAGCUAGCAUUUGGGGCAAUGGGCUUCCCCGUGCUUAUGGGUGUCUUAAAGGAAGAACGUGAUGAUGUAGAGAUGGUUCGAGGUGCCCUGGAAACUCUUGUGAGUGCUUUGACUCCUAUUAGUCAUGCACCGGGGCGAAAGAAUGAUGUCCAGCCAGAUUUAAUGAAUUCUGAUUUGCUUUCUAGAGAAUCAGAAAGCAUUUCUCUUCUUAUAAGUUUGCUGGCAGAGGAGGACUUCUAUGUCCGAUAUUAUACUCUUCAACUUUUGACAGCCCUCAUUACAAAAUCUCCAAAUAGAUUACAAGAAGCUAUUCUUUCUAUUCCUCGUGGGAUAACUCGGCUUAUGGAUAUGCUUAUGGAUCGUGAGGUUAUACGAAAUGAGGCUUUGUUAUUUCUUACUUACCUAACUCGUGAAGCUGAGGAAAUUCAGAAAAUUGUAGUUUUUGAAGGUGCAUUUGAUAAGAUCUUCAGCAUUAUUAAAGAGGAAGGAGGUUCUGAAGGUGGUGUUGUUGUCCAGGACUGUCUUGAAUUGUUGAACAACCUCAUUCGCAGCAAUGCAUCAAAUCAGAUAUUACUAAGGGAAACAAUUGGUUUUGAGCCUAUAAUAUCGAUUUUGAAGCUUCGGAGUAGUGCCUACAGUUUUACCCAACAAAAGACAGUGAAUCUUCUCAGUGCGUUAGAAACUAUCACGUUGCUACUGAUGGGAGGUCCAGAUGUUGAACCUGGCAAAGAUAACAAUAGGCUGACUAACCAGACUGUUUUAGCUCAGAAAAAAGUUUUGGACCAUCUUCUAAUGUUGGGAGUAGAGAACCAGUGGGUUGCAGUUGCUGUGCGUUGUUCGGCUCUUCGAUGUAUAGGUGAUUUGAUUAACCGGCAUCCUCAAAACCUUGACGCUCUUGCCAGUAAAAUGCUUGGAGAAGAACCACAUACUGAGCCGGCCCUGAAUUCAAUUCUUCGUAUAAUUUUGCGAACAUCUAGUGUGCAAGAGUUCAUAGCAGCUGACUAUGUUUUCAAGUGUUUCUGUGAGAAAAAUACUGAUGGUCAAGCAAUAUUGGCAUCCACAAUGAUUCCUCAACCACAGUCAAUGAUUCAUGCUCCUCUAGAGGAAGAUGUUAACAUGUCAUUUGGAAGCAUGCUUUUACGUGGUUUCACUUUGAGUGAUACUGAUGGGGACCUUGAGACUUGUUGCAGAGCUGCUAGUGUUCUUUGCCAUAUACUGAAGGACAAUGCCCAGUGCAAGGAGCGGGUCCUAAAAGUUGAGCUUGAAGCACCCCUGCCAUCAUUAGGUGCCCCUGAACCACUCAUGCACCGAAUAGUGAAGUACUUGGCUCUUGCCUCCACAAAAAAUAAAGACGGUGACCACAAAAAAUCAACUCUAAUUGGAGAUUCAUAUAUCCAACCUGUUAUCCUGCAACUGUUAGUCACCUGGCUGGCUGACUGCCCUAAUGCGGUCUGCUCCUUUCUAGAGCUAAAGCCCCAUCUCACUUACUUGCUUGAGUUGGUGUCAAACCCUUCUGUGACUGUGUGUGUAAGGGGUUUGGUUGCUGUGCUCUUGGGAGAGUGUGUUCUCUUCAAUAAAUCCAGUGAUAACAACAAGGAUGCUUUUUUGGUGGUCGAUGCCAUUAGCCAGAAGGUUGGGCUUACCUCAUACUUCUUAAAGUUUGAUGAGAUGCAGAAAAGCUUUCUUUUUGUGUCUGCAAAGCCUGCCCAACAGCGUAAGCCUCUGACAAGAUCUAAUGCUGCUAGCAUGGCAGAGGUUGAAGAUAGUGACACAAAUGAUGGAAGUGAUGAGAAUCAUAAUGUACAUCCAGUUCUUAUGUCAUUGUUUGAUGCCCAAUUUGUUAGUUUUGUUAAUAGGCUGGAGGCAGAUAUUAGAGAAAAUAUUGUUGAAAUAUACAGUCAUCCAAAGAACAGGGUGGCAGUUGUGCCAGCAGAAUUGGAACAAAAGGGUGGGGAAAGUGAUGGAGACUACAUAAAACGUCUUAAGUCAUUUAUUGAGAAGCAGUGCAGAGAGAUUCAGGAUCUUCUUGGUCGUAAUGCUAUUUUGGCUGAAGAUUUGGUCAAGUCUAGUGGAGGUGGUGCUCCUGGGUCUGAUCAGACAACUUCAGGUGGAGGCCGGGAAAGAGUUCAGACUGAAACCCUCCGUAGGGAUCUCCAAGAAGCAAUGCAACGGAUAGAGAUGCUCAAAUCGGAAAAAACGAAAAUUGAAGCUGAUGCAUUCAUGUACCACAAUUUAGCUGGUAAACUGGAGUCUGAUCUGAAAAGCUUAUCAGAUGCUUACAAUAGUCUUGAACAGGCCAACUUCCGGCUGGAAUCAGAAGUGAAGGCUCUGAAAAUAGGAGGGGGAAAACCCUACCCGGAUAUUGAAGCUGUGAAGGCUGAGGCAAGGGAAGAAGCUCAGAAAGAGAGUGAAGCAGAACUGAAUGAUCUGCUCGUUUGUCUUGGACAAGAGCAAAGCAAAGUUGAGAAACUGUCUGCAAGGCUGAUCGAAUUAGGGGAGGAUGUGGACGUUCUCCUAGAAGGGAUAGGGGAUGAUGGUGAGCUUCCAGAUGAUGGUGAAGACGAGGACUGACUGCUUGUAAUUGUAAUGUUGUCUUUCAGGCUAUGUUCAACUUGUACAGUUAUGCGUGCCAUAUUGCCUUUGGUAUAUCGCAAUAACACUCUAAAAUACUGGAUAAAUAUUUAUUAUUUAAUUUAUUUUCUCUUAUUUAGUGGCA